AUGGGAGACAGUAUUGAUGAAGAAGAUAUCAGCCCUAGCAUCAUGGACAAUGUAGAGAAAGUGAGCAAUGAAACUGUUGAAGAAGGAGCUUUGAAGGAUCUUCAUCUGUCAGUAUGUGAGCAAUCCAAAUUAGAGGAGUCUAUUUUGAAUCAAGUGGAGAAGAGACUCCAGGAAGAAGCUGAGCAGAAAUGGGAAAUAUACAAGAACAAGUUAGAAGAAGACAUUCAGAAACGUGAGAAGGAUCUUGAAGAGACAGAGGGAUUGCUUGGGAAUGCUAAGACUUUCAGACAAGUGUCAAGCCUUUCAGGCAAACUUAAUACCCUAAGGGAAAAGAUAGAAGAACUGAAGGAGAAGCUCUUGGAAUGGAAUGAAACCAAAGAACAGAGGAUCUCCCAAAGUUUGAACUUGAAUGAGAAAGGAGAGUCAACUCAGGAGGCAAGAGUGAAGGCAGGAGAGAUGACUCCCUUUGGUACUGUCCUCACUCCUUCAGUAUCUGGUCAUUUUGAUGGACCCAGCACCUCAUCCGGAGGUAGAUCAUAUUUUGAGGAGUACUUGAAGGCUCAACAAGACCUGGAGAAGAAACACCAGGCCCACUCCAAGAAAAGCCCACUCAAGAAAAGCAUUUUAAAGAACAAGAAAGGUAGAAGGAAGACUGUUAUGGGCUCAGGCACAUCUGAAGUUGGUGAAUUGUCUGGAGUAUCUCCUGGGAAGGUGGCAGGAGAAAAGCAAUCAAUAUAUUUAAAUAGUGAUGAUGACAGUGAAUAUAUUCCAUCUUCAGACUCAGAAGUAUCAAAUCCAGAUUGGGAACAUCCUAGCUUUGGUGAAAUCCAAAGAAGUGUGCCAAAGCAGAGAUCAAAGAAGAGAAGCCCUACCAAAUCUGAGGGUUUGAGAAGUGAUGACCCAAAUCCUAAGAGUAGCAAGAGAGAGAUGCGAAUCAUUGAUGAUGGGAAUCCAGUAGACUAUAGGAAGAGGGUGAAGGCAUGGAAUCAUGAAAGGUUAAAGGAGAAACACCAAAAGAUUCUCAAUGAUGAAGAGAUUGAAGAAGAGAUGUAUGAGAGUUUUGAUGGAGAGUAUCGUAUUCCUCACUCGAUAUGGAAUAAACUUUAUAAAUACCAGCAGGUGGGAGUGCAUUGGUUGUGGGAGUUGCAUGAACAAGGCUGUGGUGGAAUACUAGGCGAUGAAAUGGGGUUGGGGAAAACAAUCCAGAUCAUUUCCUUCCUUGCAGGACUCUCAUAUUCCAAUCUUCCCUCCAUCAGCUUUGGCUGCAAGUGGAAGGGUCUGGGACCAGUGCUGAUCAUCACUCCUGCAACAGUGAUGCAGCAGUGGGUGAAGGAGUUCCAUGAUUGGUGGCCACCAUUCCGAGUUGCCAUCCUCCACGAAUCUGGUGCAUUUGUUGGAAGAAAAAAAGACCUUAUUGUAGACAUUUCUCAGAGUCAGGGGAUACUCAUCACAUCAUAUACAGGUGUUGUUCAGAAUCAAAAAGAUCUUUUAGCAGUCAGCUGGCACUAUGUGAUCCUUGAUGAAGGGCACAAGAUUAGAAAUCCAGAAUCCCAAGCCACAGGGGUUGUCAAGUGCUUCCCAACUUCACAUCGACUCAUUCUCUCUGGAUCCCCACUUCAGAAUAAUCUCAAGGAAUUGUGGUCCCUAUUUGAUUUCAUUUACCCGGGUAAAUUGGGGACCCUGCAGACUUUCAUAACUGAGUUUUCUGUCCCCAUCACUCUGGGUGGAUAUGCAACAGCUUCCAAGAUGGAGGUGGCCAUUGCCUAUCGAUGUGCAUGUGUCCUUCGGGAUACCAUCAAGCCUUAUCUCCUCCGACGCAUGAAGUCAGAUGUUAAGCAACAUCUCACCUUACCAAACAAGAAUGAACAGGUGCUGUUCUGUCGCCUGACAGAAUAUCAGAGGGAGCUGUAUCGUGAAUAUCUGGAUUCAAAGGAAUUGAAGAACAUUCUUGAUGGGAGGUUGCAGGUAUUUGUGGGACUCAUCCACCUUCGCAAGAUCUGCAAUCAUCCUGAUCUCUACAAUGGCAAUGCAAAACUUGACCAGAACCAAUCAGAAUUCCCUGAAGAAGACCAAUAUGGGUACUGGAAGAAAUCAGGGAAAAUGAUAGUGGUAGAAACUCUACUGAAACUGUGGAAGAAGCAGAACCACAAAGUGCUUCUCUUCACACAAAGCCGCAAGAUGCUUUGUAUCUUGGAAGCAUUUGCUCAGGCUGCUGGCUAUACAUACCUGAAGAUGGAUGGUGGGACAUACAUUGGUGGGAGGCAGAGCCUAAUUCACAAAUUCAAUACUGAUCCCAAUAUCUUCCUGUUUCUGUUGACAACUCGAGUUGGAGGACUUGGUGUGAACUUGACUGGGGCCAAUCGUGUCAUCAUUUAUGAUCCAGACUGGAAUCCUUCUGUUGACACGCAAGCAAGGGAACGGGCUUGGAGGAUUGGUCAAGGUCGAGAUGUUACCAUCUACAGGCUCCUGACUUCUGGAACAAUAGAAGAGAAGAUAUACCAUCGUCAAAUCUUCAAGCAAUACUUGACUGACCGUGUCCUCAAGGAUCCUAGGCAGAGGCGAUUCUUUAAGGCCAAUGAACUCCAUGAAUUAUUCCGCUUGACAGAUGUGGACCCAGAGGAAGGAGAAACAGAAUCAUCUGCUCUCUUCACUGGUCUUGGGUCAGUUGUGAAACCCAAGGAGUUGAAGAAGUCAGGAACUGUAGGAAAACCCCAUGCAAAGAGAAACAGAGUAGAGGAGAAGGAGGGAAUGGAGAGACAGGAGGAGGAGGAAGAAGAACGAAUUCAGCGAAUGAGAGAUCUGGCUCGAAAGCUCAGUCAACAGAUCUCCCAAACAUAUGGGUGUGUAGCUGGUGGAAAAGCAGUUGAAGAGAGCAAACCUUGUCCCAGAGUGGAGCACAAAAGUUCUCGUAUCGCUGGCAAGAAGAUCCCUCAUCUGGUGAAGAGGCGCUACAAGAAAGAUGAGUUAGAUGAAGGUUCUGUGGAUGCUGAGCAGAGAAAACUUCAACAUCAGCAUCAAGAUGAAUAUGUCCUGGUGAAACUGUUCAAAAAGUCUGGAGUCCAUAGUGCUUUGCGGCAUGAUAAAAUUGUGGACAGUUCCCAAGCAGACCAUGACUUGAUGCAGAUUGAGGCUGAUAGAGUGGCAUAUAAAGCUGUUGCUGCUCUCAAGAACUCUAGGAGACAGUAUGUGGGUUUUACACAACACUCAUCUUCCUCUUCUUCUUCAAUCCAGAAGAGCUCCCAGGAGCGAUUGCGAUUCGGUCAGAAGCGCAAGGCAAUACCGAAACCUGCUGUUUCAGUUGCUCCUGUUGACAUUUCCAGUACUUCUAAAGAGGAGGAGGGGUUGGAAGAUCCAUCCUCUUCCAGUGUCCUCAUGAAGUUGAGAAAGUUAUCAGAGGCUUCUUUCAUCCCACCACCAACAUCGACCAUUGACACCAUAUUCCAUAAUUCAGAUGAACCCUCAGACGAGGAGGUUGUUUGGACUGGGGACCUUUCGGCUGAGUACCGGGACUUGGUGGAAGAAAUUAGGGGUUUCUUAGCUGUGCAUGACGGGCAGGCAACCUCUGAGGAACUUGUAGGAAAGUUUCGUGACAAACUACCAUCUGAAGCCUGUGCUGUAUUCAAGUCCAUGCUCAACAGAUUGUGCUCCUUCUAUCGCAUGGAUGGUGGGGUUGGUGUCUGGAGGCUCCGGUCUGAUUUUCGGUGAUGGACCUACUCUCUUCUGGUCCAAGCUUACUGCCUUCAUUACUUCAUUAUCUCUUGGUGACUGUCCCUUUCCUACAACAGAUCAUGUUGUAGUGUGUGUUAAAUCAGUGGAUGGUGCUUUGUGCAGGGAUGAAGUGUGUAUUUAUGCAUUUAUACUGUUGGUUACACUGAAGCCUUUCUAGCAGGGUCCCUACUGAAAAAUCCUAAAGGUAGGAAGUCAUCCAUGGAUGUCACCAAAUUGAUGAUGGCGAUGAACCAAUUUCUUGUGCAACCACAUUCUAUGGUACAGAGAGAUGGGGAGAGGGGACACAGGGAUUUUGUACUGCUUUGCACAUGCAUUCCUCAUAUCCUUUAUCUGUCUUCCCAUUAUGAGAAUUGGUACCAAUUUCAGUCUCCUCCUACCUCAUCUCUUUCCUUCACUUUCUACACUCUUGAAUAUUCCUAAGUUAACAGUCUGGUAAAGUGGUAAGAGUCAAUAGUGCACACAAAUGAGAAAUUUUCAUAGAUGGCAAGAGGAAUAUUAGCUUCCUGGGACCUUUCUUGCCUUUGGAAGGUAGUUUAGGAGCGGAAAAAGGAGUGUUAUAAGAUUUUGGUUAUGUGAGAUGAGAUUCACACAUGAGUCUAAGAGAUUGAUAGUUUUAUUUUAAUAUAUGGUUGGGAGAAAAUACAUGAAAAUAUUAUUUCAGCUUUA